AUGGACCUUCUCACGGUGGCGGCCACGCACCACUACGCCCGCGCCUUCUUUGUGAACCGCCCGGCCUCACAGCCCUGGGAGCAGUCCCUGAGGAAGCACUUUCGGGAACAAGCCUAUGUGGAUGUGCCACUUUUUCAAUUCCAGGCAGUGAGUCUCCCUGGGGAUUUCGAGUCAGCCAUCAAGGAGACGCAGGUGGCAGAGCAAAAGAUUCGAAAUGUCCAGGCGCAACAGAAGAUGAGACUAAAACGAACUACCUCCCAAAUAAGCCGUCGUACAGCUGCAUUCCUUUUGUCACAGCAAUGUUUCACAGUCACAGCGCAUCAAGCGCGUCAGUCGGCAGCGCAAGCCGCAGCGGGGCAGCAUGCUCGCCCCAGCGCAGCUGCAGCAGGCAUCGGGCAGCAGAAGCGUCGAGCUCGAAGAAGAAAGUGGAGCAUCUUGGUAGCAGCUGGCUGUGAUGAACUAUGGGGAAGUGGGCUUAGGUUUGAGACGGAGGCACGGUGGGCGAUUUGCAUGCUGCCGGGCAUAUGGUAUGAAGGGGUGAUGGCCUGCAAAUUUCCACAACCUGUGCCAACAAGUUGGGAGAUGCUGGGAGAUGUGAUCCAGGCCCAACGUUAUGUGCAAGUCAGGCUCCAAUCGAAAAGUCGAGCCGGGGAAGAAGAGACGCGCAUAGCAGAAUCAGAGGUUGCUAUAGCCACUUACAAACGCUUACAACUUCCAAGUGCCCCAGCCCGAUGGCGCUGCGCAAACAUGGACGACCAGAGGCCGCCUGCUGCGCCGCGCCGGGUGCUGCGGCUCUUGCUGCCGGCGAAGAUUCCGCAGGAUGUGAGGAGCUACUGCAGAGCCUUGGAAGGCGAAGUGGCAGAGGUGACUUUGCAGCCGAUUGAAUCAAUUCAACUCCUGAGCUUAGACCACACCGGCAGCCAACUCAUCGCCGACUUCGUGGUGGCUGGGGCGUGUCCGGUGACGCUGCUGGCAGCCCGUCUUGGGGCGCAACUCGGGCGAGGCUCAGCUCCCGGUGUGCAUUUGCUAGCUGGAGCGCAGGUGCAAUUGGUGAUGCAAAGAAUCAAGGCACCAGCACCAACACCAGCAGCAACAGCAGGACCUCCACCAGACGCAGGACCUCCACCAGACUCGGUCUCAGCAACAUGUCCACCACUGGUGAGGCACUGGCGGCCGCUGCCGGAGCCAUGUCCCGCAGGCGCCUGGGAAAAGCUAAUGCCGUUCCCGAGCGACCAAGAUGAGGUUCAGCCACCUGAGUCGCUGGACUCUUCCGCACAACCGAAGCUCAACGAGGAGGUCCAGCAGUUGCUCCACCUGGCCACAGAGCUCACAGACUGGCGGAAGGCGGCGGCGAGAAGGGCGCCCUUCUCGGCCAUGGAGCUGCGCCUGGAGGAAGCCAAGGUGCUGAACCAUUUCCGCCCCAUGGGACUGCAACUCUUGCAUCGCUUCAGAGAACGCUACGCCCAGAAGCUUCGUGUUUGCGUGCACUUGCAACGCCGCUGGAGGAGUCCUCGGUCCAUGGCUUUAAGGGCCUUGCGCCGGCGUCGCUUUGCACGCUUGCAACUGCAGUCGUGGUUUCGCGGCAUCUUUGGAAGGCGAGCAGCCUACAGGACGUAUCGCGCCCUUCGCGCCUGGGGUCCGCUGGCGCGCGUGGUGCUUGGGCCGCUGCAUUGCCUGCAGCGGACGCGGCUCCGGAUCUGCGCGGCGAUUUGCAUUGCCACCUACUGGCGCGGCAGCUGUGCACGGGCUGAGUUGGCACGACGCCGUGCAGCGCUGCGCAGCCUUCAGGCCGCUCUGCGCGCAGGGCGGCCAAGGUGCCAGCUCAAACAGUUCUGGGCGGCGGCCGUGGUGAUCCAGCCACAUCUUCGGCGUUUCCUACACCGCAGGGCUUUGCAGCGUUUCCGCAAGAUGAAGCUGCGCUUGGCCCAGCUGCGGGAUUUGGCGCAGCAAGUUGUCCGCGACGCCAAUGCAACGCUGACCUCCCGGCCACCGGUGCCAGGGGGGAAGGGAAGUGGCGAGAAGUGGCUUGGCGCAGAAUCCAUUGCGUUGAAAAACAGUGCGGCGAUACAAAGCUUGAAUGCCACACAGCUCUGCGCAGCUGCUGCCUUUGAGAAAGUCUUGGACAUCUUUGGUGGAGAUAGCAACAAAAUGUUGAAGUACAUGAAGGUUCGAGCCAUGCGCGAUCAUCCCGCAGAGAAUUCGGUCUUGGGCAUUCGCGAUUUACGCAGUUCGGCGGAGAAAACUUCGCGGCUGGUCUUGGAGAUGGUCUCUGUUGUGAAAGAGGUCCUGGCCAAGAAUGUUCCUUAUGCGCGCGAAGCCCCCAAGAUUAAUUUCGACCGAGUUUUUCAUACAAAGGCAAAAGCUCGGUCGAAAUUAAUCUUGGAGGCUUCUAGGCUCGACGCCAGUACCAAGAACGGCUGCCCAUUGAAAGCGCAAGCAGCGGAAUGGCAUCAGACGCAUCAACCGAUGGAACUGGAGAACUUGAUGGAUUCCUUGCAACGCCUGGCGCCAGGCGUCGCGUUGGUGGCACUUUGUGCUGCCGGCCGAUUUGCCCUCUCCUUCGUACCUGCCAGCCACAGUGCACCGGCAGUGCAGUUGAGAUCCCGAGUGGCACGUCAUGCCUCCAUGCGUGAUAGUGAAGGAAACAAGGUGCGUGAGCCCAAGACCUUCGACGUCUCAGACGCCUCAUCGGUGGUCAGCAGUGUCACGGUGGAGUACAAGAAGCGACCCUUCGGGGUCUUGGCCUAUGCGCCUAGCACCAGCGGCAAGGGCGCAAUGAUUUGGAAGAUGAGCGAACAAUCCAGGUACCCUGGAGAUCCCCAGGGUCAGGCCUGGGUGGGUGGCGCGCGUCAGUACAUGGCCAUUAAGCGCGUGGGUGGACUCGAUGUGAGCACCUGGGAUUUCUGGGACAUCAUGGACCUGUUGGAUGACAAGAUCUUGGACAACUCGGCCGGCAUCUUCCAGUCCAGCGGCAGCGGCGGCAUGGGCAACCAGCCUGCGGAGCUGCCCGUGGCCGUGGAGUACGCCGUGCUGAGCGAUGCGCAGCCCACGGCUGCCGUCCCGGGCAGCGACAUGGGCGAGGUCAGCCCCGGCAUCGACCGCAGCGAUGACCGCUUCAAGGAUUUGCCAAGGGAUGCCACCAUUAAGGAGUACAAGAUCCCCGUGGCGCCUGCGAACUACCAGAGCCAAGUUGUGGAGAGCCUUCGGGCCUCCGUGAAUUCCAUGCCGGAGCCCGUGGGCCACAACGGACCUCGCUACAUGGGCGCCGGCUCCCUUAACGAAGCCUCCAUCAAACAGAUGUUGGCGAGCUUCAAGAACGGCCAGCUGCUGCCCAUGAAGGAUGCCUACAAGUUGGCCAUCGAUGCCUUCGACAUCUUGGUCAAGGAGAAGACCUUGGGACGCAUCAACGUGCCCGUAGGCAAGAAGGUCACGGUGGUCGGAGAUUUGCAUGGACAGCUCUUUGACUUCGACCACAUGUUGAGCUUGGCAGGCCUGCCUUCGCCUGACAACCAGUUCCUCUUCAACGGAGACUUUGUGGAUCGUGGCCCCUGGAGUGUGGAGGUGAUGUUCACCAUCUUGGCGCUGAAGGUUUGGCAACCCACCGGUGUGGGCAUGAACCGUGGCAACCACGAAGCCGAAAUGGCAAAUCACUUCUAUGGCUUCUUUGGUGAAUUAGAGGUGAAGUACGAGAAGAAGAUGACGGACCUCUUCGCGGAGAUCUUCCGUGCCACGCCGCUGUGCCAUGUGCUGAACAACGAGGUCUUCGUGGUGCACGGUGGCAUCCCAGGACCUGAUCCUCGAGUGUGGUGGAAGGGCAUGGACAACCAGAUCAGCUUCGAUGGACGUCAGAUCCAGAUCAGCCUCUCUGAGAUUGAGAACUCCAACCGCUUCAUGGAGCCCAACCCCGAUGAGAACCCUCUCAUGGUGGACCUGCUGUGGUCUGACCCCAAGGGCAAGGAUGGCUAUGGACCUUCCGGACGCAUGUCUUCAGGCAUCUACUUGUUCGGCCCUGAUGUUUCCAAGAACUUCAUGGAGUACAACGGCCUGAGGAUGACCUUGCGUUCCCACGAAGUGAAGGCCCAGGGCUACCGCUAUGACCACGAGGGUCAAUUUCCCUUGAUCACAGUCUUCUCCGCCCCCAACUACGUGGACAAAGCGGGCAACAUGGCAUCGGUGGCCGUGCUGACCAACGAUGGCAGCAAGUUGGCGGGACCUGAGUUUAUCCAGUACUCCGCUCAGCCCCACCCCGAUGUGCCAUCGGGUGCCUAUGCCGUGGGCGGUCCACUGCAUCCUGAGAACCAAGAUGUGCCUUGCUACACUGGCCACGGCCAAGUCUCCUAUUUUUCUAGCCGGCGCGGACAGCAGAAGCGCUUGGCUGCGCUGGGCGGCAGCUGCUGCUGCUUCUUCUUUCUGCUGCUGUCGGUAGGUACCUUGACACCAUUGCAGUACGGCUUAACGGUGAACCUGAUCACCAAGCAGGUGAACUCGGAUGCCGUCUACGAAGGAGGAAGGCAUUUGAUUGGCCCAUGGAAGAGCUUUCUGGCCUUUCCGUCCACACGGGUGACUGUGUCCUUCGAUAAUAUGAAGGAUUCACAGGGACCGUUGCAAACGCGAACUAAAGACGGAUUGGCGCUCACACUGCAGCUGGCCUUUCAAUACAGGAUUGAAAAGGACCAGUUGGGAAAACUCUUCGCCCUGGCAAACCAACAAUACGAACCCCUCUUCGUGCGCAACGCCCGCGAUGUUCUGCUAAAGGCAGCGGCCGAUUAUGAAGCGAUUCAGUAUUGGCAACAGAGAGAGAAGAUUGGGACGGAGAUGCGCGAUCUCCUGAAUAAACGCUUGGCGCAGGUCUAUGCGACCUGUGGGGGUUUGCAGAUCAUGGUCAUUGAUUUGCCCCCGGAGUUUGAGAAGUCCAUCGUUCAGACCCAGGUGACGGAGCAAAUGCAGCAGACAAGGCAACAUGAGCAGGACGCCAAGCGCAUCACCGCAGACACUGAGGUGCUGAAAGCGGUGUUUACCAGGAACGUGACGGUGACGCGGAAUGGUGCGGAUGCACAUUUCACCCAGGUGGUGGGUGUGGCCAACGCCAUGGCGCAACAACAGCUGCUGGAGGUGGAGGCCCAGGCGAUGGCCAAGGUGCAAGAGCGGCUGAAGUUGAAUCCCGAGCAGAUGGUGGCGUACCAACAGUUUGUAGCCUACCAUUCCCUGGACAAUGCCUCCUUUGUGUAUGGUUUGGGGAGUGCCUUAGUAUCACUUCCCGGCAAGUGA